AUGCUGGACCACCGGGCCGCGUACUUUGUCCGUGUCCAGACCAGUAACCGGGUCUUGGACGCGGUGAAAACCAAAACCCUCCUUGUACGCCGUCUUCCCCCUCUUCACAAGCUUCACCUCCACCAGCAGGCAACUGAUGACAUCAGGAGUCAGCUCUGCAGGGACCCCCUUCAGCACAAUCUCCAUCGCCUGCGGAUGAAGCGCACGCAGCUGGAUGUAGGUCGAGUCUUCCGGGAACUGCCAACCCAACUCCAGCUUCUCGCCUUUGAGCGUGUAGUGUUUAAUCUUCCGCUGCCUGACGGAAAACACGUCAUCCACCGACGUAAAGACAACUUGCAGCCGGCCGAAACGUGUCUUCGACAGGUUCCUCGAGCGGCACAUUCUCCUGAAGCGGCGACAGCGGAGGCUGGAUCGGAGACACCGGAGCCGGAUCACUUCCUGAAGCCGAGCCUUCAGACUCAUCCUUCGAUCCACUGA